AUGUCCCGCAACACCUGGGACCGUGAACGGUUCAUGUACGAGCGGGAUCGGGAUCGAGACCGUUACGACGACGACGACCGCUACUACAAGUCAAAAUACCGAGAGCACUCCGCUGAUGAGCGUUACGAGCGCCGCCCCGAGAGGCGGCCUUUUGAGGACGAGGUCGUCAUUCGCGACUCUCGCAAAGUCUACUACGACGAACCCGAGCCGAGGUUCUCACGCCACCGAUCGCCUCCACCUGAUCUCGAGCGCGACCGCCGUGUUGUGAUUGAGCGCGAGCGGCAAAGAGUGUCCAGCCCCUCUCCGCCAAGCAGGCCUGCAUUUCUCCGGAGACAGUCCAGCCUCGACACAUUCGACAGGCGACCCAGAGGCUUCCAUUAUGAGGAGGAAGAAAGGGAAAGAUACGGCCCACCUGCAAGGCGCGAGGACUUCCGUCCCCGGCCUUAUGAGCCCAUCCCGCUGCCCCGGACUCGCGCCCUGCCCCCUCCGAGAAGGUUUGCCGAGCGUGACUCCUUCGAUGAGAUCCGUGUGAGCGACCCAGACUACUAUGGCGACGAGGAGUACCGGUCCUACCCGGAGCGCGUGCGAGAGCGGGAGAUCGUCCGCACCAAGAGGCGGGAUCACAGCCCGUCCCACACCCACCGGUCCAGUCGCACCCGCAGCCACCGCGGCAGCACCGUGCGCAGCAGCUCCCGGUCAUCCACCACUACCAGCAGCUCGGGCAGCAGCAGUGGCGGCACCACUGUUACUGUCAAGAGCGAAUAUCCCAAGAAGGGCAAAACUCGCAUUCCAGCCCGCCUGGCUUCCAAGCGUGCGCUGAUCGACCUGGGCUAUCCAUUUGUUGAGGAGGGUAACACGAUUGUCGUGCUGAAGGCUCUUGGCCAGGAAAAUAUCGACGAUCUGCUCAAGCUCAGCGAAGACUACAAGAAGAGCGAGGCCGAGCUUACCGCAGGACGGUCUGAAGCGGGCAACAUCAUUGAAGAGAGGCGAGAGGAGACUAUCAUCCAUGCGCCCUCUUCGCAUCACCCGUCCAUGCACGCACCACCACCACCCCCGAUGAUGCAUGGGCCACCCCCGACUAUGCAUGGCCCGCCGCCGCCCGUCAUGAUGCCGCCGCCGCCUAUGCCUCAACCUCCUCCGAUGUUCCAUGCGCCGCCACCACCACCUCCGCCGCCUGCAGAGGUGGUGGAGAAGACCACCGUUAUUCGUGACGUUUCGCCCGCCCGAUCGUACACCACCACCACUUCCGGAACAACGCACACAUCCCACACGUCCCGCACGCCCUACAUUGUUGACGUCCGGCGUGAGGAGAUCUCCGAGGAAGUCCCUGUCGGUGCGAUGGCUCUGGUCAAGUCCGAUCGACACCGUUCGCGUUCUCGAUCUGACCGGGACAUUCGACACGAAAUCCGUGACCUUGAGCGACAGCUUGAUCGGAAACGCCAUAGUGAACGCGAACUCGUCAAAGCGGAACGGCUCAGCAGCGGAGAGCUGGUGCUGUACGAGGAGCAGGUGGAGAGGAUCGAGGAGCCGCGGCGCGGAGUGCGCAUUGAGAAGGACAAGAAAGGCCCUCCGCCUGGCAUCGUCAAGGCAAUGCUGGCAACCCUGACCUAG